AUGCUAGCUAACAGCUUAUCUCCUUCUUCACUUCCAUCUUCGGAGCCUUUUUCUUGCAAUGAAAAUGGUACUUCUUCCAAUAAUAAAAGAAAAAGAAGACCCGCCGGAACACCAGAUCCAGAUGCAGAAGUGGUGUCUCUCUCACCGAAAACAUUAUUGGAAUCAGAUCGAUAUGUAUGUGAGAUCUGCAACCAAGGAUUCCAAAGGGACCAAAAUUUGCAGAUGCAUAGAAGAAGGCAUAAAGUACCAUGGAAGUUACUCAAGAGAGAAACACCAGUUGUUAGAAAAAGAGUUUUCGUUUGUCCUGAACCAACUUGUUUGCACCAUGAUCCUUGCCAUGCUCUAGGUGAUCUUGUGGGAAUUAAGAAACACUUUAGAAGAAAACAUAGUAAUCAUAAACAAUGGGUUUGUGAAAGAUGUUCCAAAGGUUAUGCAGUGCAAUCUGAUUAUAAAGCUCAUCUCAAAACUUGUGGUACUAGAGGUCAUUCUUGUGAUUGCGGUCGUGUAUUCUCAAGGGUUGAGAGUUUUAUUGAGCAUCAAGAUGCUUGUAACAUGGGAAGGAUCCAUAAUUCAGAAUCUCAACCAUUACAAACACCAACUGCAUGUUUAUCAAGAACUGCUUCAAGUCCAAGUCCAUCAAGUGAAACAAAUUUCAACAAUUGUCCAUGGCAAACAAGGCUUCAAGUAAUGCAAAAUUCGAUAAAAGAAAAACCGAUAUUCAUGAACCCUAUUAUUACUCCAAUUACUACUAUUACGCCUUCUUCUCAAAUAACUUUGUCCAAGAACAAUAAACUUGUUCUCCAUCCAAACUUGGAACUUCAACUCUCCACCACAAACAACGCCAACAACGCCAGUAUGAGUCUGGCACCAGACACGCCUUCGAUCAGAAGUAUCAGUGCUACAGAGGCUAUUCAGAAGGCUAACAGGUCAACGCAGUUGCAUCUUGCAAUAGGGUCAUCAGAGAUGAGUCAUCACGAGAGAAAUGAAACAAACUAUUUUAGAAACAACUCAUACUCAUCGCCGAAAGAGAGUAGCAAUAGCAAUGAAAAGGUUCAAUCAACAAACAACAUGGCUUUGUUUAAGGUUCAAGAACAAACAAAGGAACAGCUAAGGAUAGCCAUGGCUGAAAAAUCCUAUGCUGAAGAUGCAAGGAAACAAGCAAAGAAACAAAUUGAAAUGGCUGAACAAGAAUUCAACAAUGCAAAGAGAAUCAGACAACAAGCACAAAGUGAACUUGACAAAGCUUACGGAUUGAAACAACAUGCAAUAAGGAAAAUCAAUUCAACUAUGCUUCAAAUCACUUGUCAAGCUUGCAAACAACAGUUUCAACAUGAAGAUAACUCUUUGGUGUUCAGCUAUGUUUCUUCUGCCAUAACAACUGAAGGUGGUGAAGUAGAAAAUGAUGAUGGAAAAGGCAAAAAAACUAACUAG